CAUGUUCAACUAGACGUACUUCUGUUUCCAAGCAGGGACAUCAUCCAAAGUAUCACAUUCUAAGAACGAUGAACCAAUGCCCAGCCGCGCCCCUUUGUCGCUACAGUUAUAUCCAAUACACCCAAAAAGCCCUAAAGCAACCAUACCGCCCAAUCUCAAGGGCAUCAACGCUUUCCUACAAUGUCACUCCCACUAGCAGAACCUCCUCUCAGACAGACUGGAACAACCACGAUGAAUUCUUCAAAUUCACACGAGGCCGCUUUCUCGUCGAUGAAGCCAAAAACCGCCGCAUGCGCGAGAUCCAAUUCGACAUGAACAGCCUCGCCCGUGUCGCAGCAGAAUCAGUCGGAGCCACUCACUGCACCUCCAUACAGAAGUACCCCGACGGCAUGUUCAAGAAGGCCUUUCUCAUGUCGAUGGACAAUGGCCGCGAAGUCGUAGCCAAGGUUACUAAUCCGAAUGCUGGUAUUCCGCAUCUACGACAGCUAGCGAGGUUGCUACCGUGGACUUUAAACGUACUUGAAACACCAGUGCCUCGCGUCUACACAUGGAACUCGAAUGCACAAUCACACCCAGUCGGGGCUGAGUUCAUCAUCAUGGAGAAAGCUGCCGGCGUUCCUCUUUCUCAUGUCUGGGAGACACUGAAACUACCUCAGAAGCUCCAAGUGCUUCUUGCCAUGAUACGUCUACAAAAGAAAUGGCUGAGUGUGUCAUUCUCGCAUUAUGGCAGCUUACACCCACUACAUCAAGAACGACAAUUCGCCAUCGGCCCUACCACAGGUCGCGAUUGGUGCGAUGCGAGCCGCUCACUUUUGGAUAUAGAUAGAGGACCAUGGCCCGAUAUACAGCAAUUUCUGCAAGCAGUCGGGACACGAGAAACAAAAGCAAUCCAAUCCCUGCACCCACCGAAACAACUAGCCCUAUUCUGCGGCCCAAAGCUCUACCAACCAUGCCCCCAAACCAAACUCACAGCCUUAUCCCACUACCACCAAAUCCUCGAAUCCCUCAUCCCAAACGACACAGCCCUCACCACCCCUCACCUCUGGCACAACGACCUCCACAACGACAACAUCUUCAUCGACCCGCAGAACCCCGAAUCCAUCACCUCCAUAAUCGACUGGCAAUCAACCCACAUAUCCCCGCUCUUCACCCACAAUCCCGAUCCGGCCUUCCUCGACUGGACAGAUGCCGCAGCAGUGCGCGAAUACACCACCCAGAACAUAUUCAUCGGAUGGCGCAAGCUCACGCGCGCCAAGAACCCAGCUCUAUAUCGAGCUAUCGAGUUCAGAAAGACGCCCGCGUACAGGUUGAUAUUCCUCGCUCAUCGGAUGUUCGAGUAUGGCGAGGCGCAAUUCAUGUCGCUGCUUGUUGAUAUGAGGGAUCAUUGGGGAGAUUUACCAGGUACCGGUGACGUCCCGUUUCCGUUUGAGUUCACAGAUGCGGAGAUCGAGCGUAUUAAAGUGGCAUGUGAUGGGGCGGUGGCGGGGACGGAGCUUGUCGCUGGGGUGAAGGAGCAAUUGGGCGAUUUGUGGCCGGAUAAGGGGCUUAUUGAGAAUGAGAGGUAUGAGGAGUGUAGGGCUGCGCUGGGGGAGGUUAGGGAUCGGAUUGUGGAGGAGUUGGCGGAGAGUGAGGAGUAUCGGCGGUGGUGGCCUUUUGAUUGA